AUGGAGCAUUGUUAUUCAGAUUGUAUUUCAAAGAUUCCUACAUAUAAGAUUUCAACAUAUAAGAUUUCAACAACAAAGGUUAUAAUUUCGGUUUUAAGUUCAUCAAGGCAUACUAAAAACAACAGCAUAAGGUACGAUAUCACCCUGCACACCUCAACACCGAGAUACCCUCAAGCAAAUGGCCAAGCCGAGUCAAGCAACAAAAUCAUCAUCAACAACCUCAACAAGCGCCUUGACGACGCCAAGGGAAGAUGGGCAGACGAAUUACCUAUGAUCCUUUGGCCUGACAGGACGACACCCAAGACGGCGACUAAUCAUACACCUUUCUCCCUAGUCUUUGGUUGUGAGGCAGUCAUCCCUCCCGAAGUCGAGCUCCCCACGGCAAGAAGCAGUUUCAUGGCACCAGGAAUGAACGAUUCAGUCUUGGCCCACGAUAUCGUUACCGUUGAUGAACUCAGAGAAGCGGCAUUGGUCAGAAUGGCAUCAUACCAACAAGCAAUCCCGAGUAGCUACAACAAGAAUAAAGUAGAGAAGUUUAGAGUUUACAAUGAAGCUUCAAUGGAGGAAAUUGCUGAAAAUGUGAAUUACAAUCUUGAUUCUUGA